AUGCAGCACAUGACAGAGGUUUUAGAUAUCGUGAGGAAUCCCCAGCUCAUUCAUCUACGUGAUCAAGAAAAAAAUCCAGAAACCAUCCCCGUAAGAAACCCAGGGGCUCUGAAAGUUCCUCACCAAAAGUUUAGACAUUUUCAGUACCUGUCAGUGACUGGGCCUCACCAAGCUGUGAGCCAGAUCCAGGCGCUCUGCUGGCGAUGGCUGCAGCCAGAGACCCGCACCAAGGAGCCGCUGAUGGAGCAGCUGAUGCUGGAGCAGCUUCUGAAUACCCUGCCAGAGGAGGUCCAGAAAUGGGUGAGGUCAAAACAGCCCAAGAACAGCGAGGAAGCAGGAAACCUGGUGGCAGACUUGACCCAAGUGUGUGGGGAGAGAGGUUUCCCAUCUCGGGACUCAGUCCUUGUAGAAAAGAGAAACAAUGAAGAACAUCAAAAGAAGGACACAGAGGUGUCUGACAGUUUGCCAUCUGCUAGAUCUCAGUGUCCGUGUCAAGGAUCCCAAGUGAAGAUACGCACAGGGGCAGCUGAGCUAAUAUAUGAGUUGGUGACUUUCAAGGAUGUGGCUGUGGACUUCAGUCCAGAGGAAUUAACCUACCUCAGUCCUUCUCAGAGGAAACUCUACCGGGAAGUGAUGCUGGAAAAUUAUAGCAAUCUGGUCUCCCUAGGGUACCAGUUCCCUAAACCCGACCUUAUCGCACAGCUGGAAGGGGAGGAGUCACGUGCGGUGGAGAAAGACGGCAGUACAGUGACAUGUCAAGAUUGCGAGAAAAAACCUGAAACCAAAGAUCCAAUUCCAGAGCAAAGCCUGCCUAUAGGAAAAUCGUCAUCAGGAGAAGGAAGAGAGGAUUUGGAGGUAGGUAACUUCUGGUGUGUCUACGUGGGAGAGGCUUCUCCUGAUGACCCACUGGAUUUGCACCAGGUCAACCAGGAGAAAUGUUUGAGUCCUGUAAAAAUGAGUGGUCCCAAGACCCUUGCUCAGGAAAGAAGCCACGACAGUGAUCCGUUUGUGAGCAGCUCAGAUCUUACUAAACAAUCAGAGGGUCUUCUAGGGAAGGAGCCCCAGGAACGCACUAGUCCUGGAAUUUGCACCAGUCCCCAGCCGGCGGACCGUAGGCCUUUCCUCCAAGAGAAGAGACAGAAGUGUAAAUUUUGUGAGAGAACCUUUAGUACCAAGUCAGCCCGGGAGAGACAUGAGCAGGUCCAUACUGGGAAGAAACCCUUUGAAUGUAAGCAGUGCGGAGAAGCCUUCUACCUCAUGCCACACCUCACCAGACAUCAGAAGACUCAUUCAGUCAAGAAGUCCCCGGGAUGCAGUGAAGGUGGAAAGUCCUUCACCCAGCGUGCAAAUAUUGAUGGCCGCCAAAGAACUCAGAAUCAGGAGCGCUACUAUGAAUGUUUCCAGUGCGGCAAAGCUUUUACCCGGGAUGUGCAUCUUUUUCAACAUCUCAGAGCUCACGAAGGAGCAAAAGCCCUUCCACCUGGGUUGCCCCGCAACAAGAUACAUUUAAUUCGAUAUCAGCGGAAACAUGACUAUGUCGGAGAGAGAGCCUGUCAGUGUUGUGACUGCGGCAAAGCCUUCAGUCGGACUUCACAUCUCAUUCAGCACUACAGAAUUCAUGCUCAGGAGAGGCCUUACCAGUGUCAGCUAUGUGGGAAGUGUUUCAGCCUACCCUCCUACCUCACUCAGCACUAUCAACUCCAUUCUCGAGAGAAACCCAUUGAGUGCAGUUACUAUUGA